CUGACAGGGUUGCUGUUCGGAGAGAGAGAGAAAAAAACUUUGUGUGGCUUGUGCUCUCGGUGUUUUCUGUUUUUCUUUUUUUGGUUUUGUCUUGCCUGUCUUGGGGAGAGAGAAGAGGAGCGAUGGGGGUUGGGGUGAGACCAUGGAAAUGGGAAACUGCCCAUUGAUUCUCAGCUGUGCUGGUUACUGCAAUGAAUGGCAACACUAUCCAACAAGGGACUACCGCACCUUCUGUCACGCAGCCUCGCGGCUGGAAGGAGUUCUGCGAGUUGCAUGCCGUUGCCACGGCCCGGGAACUAGCCAAGCACUACCGGCGCUUCGUCAGAGAGCGCCCGCACCACGAUGUGGUCCCGCCCGACAGCUUCUCCAAGCAGUUCAGCGACCUGUUCCAGCAGCACUUCUGCAGCGAGGUGGCCGGAGAGGGCCCUCCCCCGCCCCUGCCCCCGCCCAUGACGGGCCGCCUCCGCAUCACGUCCUUCUCGGGGGCGCUGGACUACCGGGACGCGGUGAGGCCGUGCCCCCAGCCGGUGAUCGCCGCGCUCGCCCCCAAGGCCGACCCGCUGGCCGGCGGCGCCCCGCCGCCCCGGGAGCAGGAGCGGCCGCUGCGGCGCUCCUCCGCCGACACUACGUGCCCCGCCCGCAGCCGGAGCCAGGAGGAGGUGUCCGCCGACCCCCGCCCUGCCGCCGAACGGUACAGACCCCCUUCGCCUCUCUUCCCCGCCGGCCCCGACGUCACGCACUUCUCCGUCAGCCGCAUCCACCGCAGCGUGUGGCGCCUCCUGAAGAAGCAGCCCAGGCCGCCGCCCGACGGCCCGGCGGACCCCAAGGACAGGGGAGGCGCCGCGGGGGCCGCGGAGGCGGCGUCCGCCACACCGCCCGCCACCCCGCCCUCAGCCACGCCCCCGGCCUCCCCGGCGCCGGCGGGCCGCUGGUUUGACAGGUUCACCAGCAGGUUCCGCACGCAGAGCGGGAGGCGGAGGGGGGAGGCCCGGGGCAGCUGCAAGGAAGGCCACCUGAAGUACCUGCUGGUGGACGACACUAUCUCAGACACGCAGCCACGCUGGCAGCGCUGCAGGCUGCUGGUGCGGAGGGCACGAGAGGGGCUCGGGGGAGAGGGCUACCAGCUGGAGCUCUUCGACCCACCAAAGGGUUCUAGUCCCAAGCUGACGGCACGGUGCUCUGACAUCUUGGAAAUUCGCCGCUGUAACCGCCUGGAGAUGCCCGACAACAUGAACACAUUUGUUUUAAAGGUUAAUCACUAUCCGGGUAGUUUUAUAUUUGAGACAGACAAUGACCAGCAGGUCAGCUCCUGGACGACGGAGAUCAAAGAAUGUAUCAACAAUGGGUCGGACAGCGCGGAUACGGAGCUGCUAACCUCCCCCCUGGGUGAAGCCGUGGCCGGCGCGAGGAGAGGGAGCUCGGAGUCCACGGGUCACGGGUCUCCACACUUUACCCCAUCGGAGCAGGUGUACCACAAGACGGAUCACUUCCUGUCCUCCUACCCCUGGUUCCACGGGCCCAUCUCGCGGGUGAAGGCCGCCCACCUGGUGCAGACCUCGGGCCCCGAGGGCCACGGCGUGUUUUUGGUGCGGCAGAGCGAGACGCGGAGGGGUGACUACGUGCUCACCUUCAACUUCCAGGGAAAGGCCAAGCACCUGCGUCUCUCCCUGACGGAGUGGGGCCAGUGCCGGGUGCAGCACCUGCGCUUCGCCUCCGUCAUGGAAAUGCUGAGCCACUUCCGCCUGUCGCCCAUUCCGCUGGAGUGCGGCGCGGCCUGCGACGUCACGCUCUCCAGCUUCGUGGUGGCCGGCCCGGCCUCUUCAGGUCAGAGUGCUGCUAGCUCCGCAGUGCUUGUGCCCUUCUCUUUGCACCGCUGGAGUUCGGAGCCCAGCCUGGCCCACUGCAGUCCCAGCAGCUGCCCGCGCCUGCACCCCGCGGCCGGCCUCUCCCCAGGCACCAUCCCCCCGGCGGGCCAGCUCUUCCAGCGGGGUUCCCCUGUCCCGGAGCGCCCGGUCACAGAGGGCCUGCGGCGGAGCGAGUCGGUGGGCCGGCGGCCCCUGCAGCGGCACCCCAACCCCCACCCGCCCCUGCUCCCGCAGCGCGACUCAGACUACGAACUGGAGCCUCCAGACAGGGGGCGCAAGCGAGCCAUCGACAACCAGUACAUGUUUCUCUGAUGGCGCCCACCCCCUCCCCUGCCCUGCACUUAAGCGGCAGCGCAUGGGAGUAGACACAUUGACUUCAGACUCCAACCAGAGUCUCACCAUGAAUGUAUUUUACCAUUUCUACCAUUGUUAUGAUAAUAAUUAUUGUUGUUUUUAAAACAAGAAAAUGAUUUGUCGUUCUGAGGGACAUUGCUACUUGGGAGUGUAUGCCACUGGCAAAGGGCUGUUCUCAUGACAUUUAGUCCUCAGGUUGAAAAAGAGAAAAACGCUGACUCCCCCUUCCACUUUUUGCCUGUUCAACUGCCCUGAGAUGCAAAGAUACCCCCUGCCUUUUAAAUUGUGCUCAGUAACACCUGUCCUAAUGCAGAUACUAAUAUGUUGCAAAAUCGUCCGAGAAUAAGAUGUGCUUUAGAAACUUUGACACUGCCCUGGCAGGGAUGUCCUCAUAGGCUGCACCUGAGGCAAGCAGAGGGGUGAGUGAGCGAGUGAAGCUUGACCCAGAACAUCGACGAGCGCAAGAGGGGGACCAGAUGCCCUUCAACUCACACUGAAAACAGCACCGCAGUUCCAUCAACUCCAUGGGCCUUAUUCAUAAAGCAUUACCAUCAUCUUACCUUUCCACCUGUUUAUACAAAUAAAGUGGGAAAAUACCAACUCUUAGAUUUAAUAUAAUGUAGUUGGUUAUAGUAACCUAAUUCACAUUCCGAUGGCUUUCCAACUUUCAGAAGUGUGUUUUCAGGGCCACUGGUGCUAUUUUGGGCAAAUAUCAAAUAUUACCUUUUUUUAUUAAGAUCCAGUGGUGUUUUUUAAAUUAAUUUAUGAAGUCAAGAUUACAAAACAUCCCAAAAUAUCUGCAGUAUACCCCAAAGAAAAUGGUUGGAGAAUUCAUGGCGUUAAUGUUUUAUGAAGAAACCCCAGUAUGCAUCUUAACACAAUAGUUAAUUUAAGCUGUUCUUUUUUUUUCAAUAACUCACCUGUGUUUUUAAGUACAUUGUUCAAAUGUGGCUCUCACAUCCAUGCCCCAGCUGCUUUGUUUCUGUAUUAUUAAUACAGUUCUUGCAUGUCUCCUGUCUUGUUGCCACUUUAACACUAACUGUUGUUAAACCCCCAUAUCGUAGCCUUUCAGCGUUUUUUUUCUUUUUUUUUGAUGUUUUCUCUUAUCAUAGUAGGGUUUCCUGUUUUUAAGAAAUGCGCAGUAGCAUGUUGAUUUCCCUUCAGGAGGAAAUCCACCUGCUAUGAAGUGCCAUGUUACUUUUUCUACUUGUAUACACAACUAACCCACAAAAGAAAAAGAGCAACAAUGGUUUUACUUAACACUCCAGUUAGCCUUCAGAGAAAUGUUUUUUUUAAUGCUUCAGAGGAACCUAACACAAAAUAGGAGAGGAUAACAUAAAUGAUGAAAAAGUCUAUAAUGCAUUAGAUAAUUUAUUAUAUAAGGGAUCAAAAUCAUUUUUAAAGAUGAAAAUUUCUAUAAUUUCUGAAACACUCCUGACAUAUAUUUCCAUCACCUCACUUUUCUGAACAUAUUCAAAAGCUGUUAAUGUCAGAAAACAGCAAAGAAUUCCUGUUGUAUUACACUUGGGUCCAAAUCAUGUAUGUGCUCUGUAUUAAAUGGAAGGGAAACGGUAUUGACUGCCACUCCGUUAAUGCUGAGACUGCACUCGCUUCGCUGAAACCUCUUGCUUUGUCUUCAAACCUCAGGGUUAAUGUGGAACUUUGUGCAAUAUCUGCUGCAUUUCCAUAGCUGAUGGCUGUCAGUCUCAAACCACCACACUGAAAAUAGAAUGGUAGUUUAUGGGCGUAUGGUAUAUGCAAAGGCAAAUUUCCCACGAUACUUCCCCUUGCUUCAUUAAAUUAGCACAUUUUUUAACACGUUGCAAACUGUAUGUGUAUCACUACCUCGUUUACAGUGUUCCACUUCACCUAGGAUGGUGUUGAUAUUUGAACAGGGGCUCAGUUGUGAACAAUGACUAAAUUCUGUUUCUAAAUGUAUCAAAAUACAUUUGCUUUGUAACAACAUAUAGGAUGUAAGAUGAUUAUACACACACACACACCCAUAUGUAUUGCACACAUCCUUAUAUGUACAGGGUGUACAGAACCAUUCAUUUUUUUAUAUUGAAAUUCAAUACACUCCAUUAACUUUAUCUGCUCUGAAGCAAGUCAGCACCAACCGUAAAUGGACAUUGACUGACCCAUGAUUCCCCCCCCCCACAUAUAACCAAAAUAUAGACCAUGUCAGACAUAUUUAUAGUCCAUUCUUUUACAUACAACCAAAGCAAUUGGCUGUCAGUAGCUCAUAAUGUACACAAUGUUGAGGGAUUUUAUAUCUCCAUUAGAAUCCGUUAUAUAUUGGUCAAUGUAUUAAUUAUAUGUCCAUCAGUUUGCAGAAUUUCUCAGGUCAAAGCUCUACAAUCAUUAAAAAAGGGUAAUAUUGCAUGUACCCAUUUUUUGUUUGCCCAUGUCCCUCACAAGUCAACACAAUGAAUGUGUCUUCUCUAUACUGUCAAUUGUAUACUCUAUAUGCAUUAAGAGCACUGUAAAUCUUUCCAUUUCCCCCCUGCAAUUUUAACCACCCCCCAAUAGCUUGUCCUGUUUGAGAAGAAACCCUAAUGCAUAAA